CCCCCAGCAGUGAGGGAGCUGGCUGCGCUGCUAGGAAGGGGAGUGUGCGCCGCUCCGGGCUGCAGCCUAUUUUAGUCACGUCUUCCCGGCCGCUCGUCUUCAGUGACAAACUUUCCCGGGACGGCCGCUCUUCACAGCCAGGGUUUUACAGAUGACUACUGAAAGAAUAAUAACCAUCAUGCUGCCAGUGAACGCUACAGCUGGCAUCCAGAACGCUACAGAAGAUGAAGUGUGUGAAAACUGGAGAGAAAUUCACCACUUGGUUUUUCAUUUGGCAAACGCAUGUUUUGCCUUAGGACUGGUUAUUCCUACGAUGCUGAGCCUUCAUAUGAUUUUUCUUCGUGCUUUACUAUGUCUAGGUUGUUCUUUCUUCAUCAUUUGGGCCAGUCUUUACCGAUGUGCUUUGGACAUAAUGAUAUGGAAUUCUGUUUUUCUGGUUAUUAAUUUUAUGCAUUUUAUUUACCUGGUAUAUAAGAAAAGACCUAUCAAAAUAGAAAAAGAGCUUAAAGGUAUCUACCACAAAAUGUUCGAACCUCUUCAUGUGCCUCCUGAGCUAUUUAAGAGACUCACUGGACAAUUUUGUAAUAUUCAAACUUUACAAAAGGGACAGACAUAUGCAGUAGAAGACAAGACUUCUGUUGAUGACCGUUUAAGUAUACUUCUGAGAGGGAAGAUGAAGGUUUCCUACAGAGGUCAUUUUCUACAUAACAUUUAUCCCAAUGCUUAUAUUGAUUCUCCUGAAUUCAGAUCUACAGAGAUGGACAGGGGUGAAAAAUUCCAGGUUACGAUAACUGCAGAUGACAACUGUGUCUACCUGUGCUGGUCUCGGGAAAGGCUAACGUAUUUCCUGGAAGCUGAACCUUUCUUGUAUGAAAUAUUCAAAUAUUUAAUUGGUAAAGACAUCACGAACAAGCUGUACUCUUUAAAUGACCCAACAUUAAGUGACAAGGUGGCAAAGAAAAUUGAUCGCCAGCCUAGUCUCUGCUCCCAGCUGUCUGUCAUGCAAAUGAGAAACAGCAUGGCCAGCACAAGCGACAGUGAAGAUGGUUUGCAUAACUUUCUACGAGGAACAUCAACGGCUUCUACUCUGAGAAAUAACCACCAAGAGUUCUAUAUUUCAUAUGGAAUGGGUCGUGUGACGCAUGGUGUUUUCUGUUGAUAACUUCAUAAAUAUACGAGAACUACUCACCAGACCAAUCCCCCUGCAUGAGAGGUUCUACCAAGAUGAAGCCAAUUGAAGAAAGCAUUGAGGAAGAUGUGUUUGAGUCAGCAUAUCCACUUGCAACUAAAGUCCAAAGGCUGCCAUAAACACAGAUGUGACCAAAGUACUUACAAAGAAAAUGUUGCUUGGAGACUAAAUAAUCACAAAAACUCUGAAAUUAUCAGUUUUUUUUUUCAUAUAUUACAAAUAGUUUCUUUACAUUCUCACAUAUGCAAGAUUUGUCAUUUUGUACACAGUUCACUAUUUGAUUUUAAUGUCCCUAAGUGUUUGCUUCAUUGUUAAUAAAAAAAAUCUACAAUGUCAACAAGAUUGAGAAAAGCACAAUUUACAUGGAAUUUGCAUUACUUUUGACACCAAAGAGAAUUCCAUACAGUAUAUCCUUUCUAUAUGGUAUGUGUUUUCAGAUUUACAUAUGUGAGCCUCCAUCCAAGAAUCAAUUAUACGUUUUGGAAAACCACCAAUAUUGUAAUGAAAUACAAAUAAAGUGGGGCCUCAAGUUGCA